AUGCGUGUCGCCCUCGCCAGCGCCAGGCUCGCCGUUCAUCGCCGACGUCCGCACGCUCGACCGUCGAUCGCGAACGUUCGACGCGCCGCCGCGGUCGAGGCCCACGCGUCGACGUCGACGAAAGACACGCUCGGCGCGCUCGGUGACGGACGAUUCACCAAGCUCUUGGCCGCCCUCGACGCCGCGGAGUUGACGAGCGUGAUCGCGACGUCGACGGAACCGCUCACGGUGUUCGCGCCGACGGACAGCGCGUUCGCGCGAGCGGAGCGCGAGCGAAGUCAAGCGUUCGAGGAGCUGGCGGCGCGGGAAAACUUGGGUGAGAUCCUGAAGCAUCACGUCGUGAGCGGAUCCGUGAGGUCCGGAGAUUUGAAGAAUGGGAGUGUGAAGACGCUGAGCGGACGAUCGAUCGUCGUGGACGUCUCGAGUGGGGUGAAGGUGGACGGGGUGCGGGUGGCGGAGGCGGAUAAGGAGGCGUUCGGUGGAAACGUCGUCGUGCACGUGGUGGACGAGGUCGUUUUCCCGGCGUUCUCGAUCAACGCGAAAGUACAGACACCGCAAGAAAUUCUCGCGUUCGAGGGCUGGGCGCCGGAGGUGAUCAACGGUCGGGUCGCCAUGCUCGGUUUUGUUCUCGCGCUGUUCGGCGAGAUCACCACGGGCGAGUCCUUCACCCAGCAGGCGGCGCACAACUUUGGCGAGCUCACGCACACGAUGUUCGUGUGGUCGCUCGCGUCGCUAGCCCCGGCGUUCAGCUCGAACGAGGGGUAUGAGGCGAACCCGUUCAAGAUGGCUGGCAGCAAGGAGUGGGAAUACGUUUUCCGCGGCUGCCCGCCGUGGCUCGCCGUCAAGGACCGUCUCUCUCCGGAGGUCGAGCAGCUUAACGGCCGCGCGGCGAUGGUUGGAUGCGCGAGCCUCAUCGUUCUCGAGACGCUCAUGGGACACGCGCUCUUCUGA